AUGAGUCGCCUUUCUGAUUGUUCUAUAGAUGAAGGCAGAAAUCACAAAAUUCGAAAAUUGAUUUCAAACUAUCAGAAUCAUACAAGUCACAAUCUUACUAAAGAUAGUAAUCAUGAUGACAGUGACGAUGAUGUUAAAGGUGAUGGUAAUUUGAUUGAACCCAAUACCCCAAAAAAGAAAAAAACAUUUAUAACUGAUUUGCCAUUUUAUUUUAUAAAAAAAAUAUUAUCUUGUUUGGGUUUUGAUAAACUUUUGUUAUUCACAUUACAUGACAACAAAUUUAUUAGAGAUUUUUCUUUGAAAAUUGUAUUUUUAUCAGUUGUUUUGGUAAAAAUUGACAAGACAAAAAAUGAUGCCUCAACGAAUUCCAAAAAAUGUUUUAGACCAAAUCAAAAACAGGUUAAUCUUGAAAAUCUUUGGAUUGAUAUUUCUCAUAUUUCUUUGUUUACCUCUCAAUUAGCUUAUACUAGAUGUUUGAUUAUAAAUUUACAAAUUAAACAUGCGUUGAUAUAUUUUCCAAAUUUAAAAAGCAUUUUAUCUUUGGGUCUCAAUUUGAAAAAAAUCGUUAUUAAGAUCAGGGAUUUAUCUGAUAAAAGUUUAGCAGAAAACAUCAGCGAUUUGUUUAAUGAUCUUGCGCUCUAUAAUUCAACUUCUUUGGAUUCGAUUGAAUUUUCUUUGCAAAAAAAUAAAGAUUUUCAAGCUCCAUCAACUUUUAUAUCAUCAUCUUAUUUUUCAAAUUUAGUUAAUUUGAAAGAUUUAAAUUUAAGCUCUAAUAAUGUUUUCAAAUUUAAUGUGAUAUCAAACUUGCUGCGAUUGAAACGUUUAGAUUUAUCGAAUAGUAAUUUAACUAAAACUCAAAACAUAAACAAUUUGAUCAAUCUAGAGGAAUUAAAUCUAUCCUCUAAUAAGAUUGAAAAGAUUGAUAUGAUGCCGUAUUUAAUCAGUUUAAAAGUUUUGAAUUUGUCUUACAAUAAUAUCAAAAAAAUCGAAAACCUAUGGGAUUUAUUUAAUCUCGAAGUGCUAAACCUUUCUUGGAAUAGUAUAGAGAAGAUUGAAAAUUUGUCUAAUUUAACUCACCUUACGCAUUUAAACCUAUCAGUUAAUCAUAUUAAUAAAAUGGAAAAUGUGUCAGCUUUAGUUAGCCUAGUGGAAAUAGACUUAUCAUUGAAUAAUAUUCAAGAAAUUGAAGAUAGUUCUAUUUUGGAUAAAAUAAAACUUAUAAAUUCAGAAAAUAACAUUGCUUUAUAUAUCAAUCAAAUGCAAGACUUACUCAGGUAA